AUGGACGCGACAUUUUGGCUGGACAACGGUGAUGUUGCUGGGAUUGGGCGCGUGUCCAAUGUAGGCAGCUUCGACACGCCCAGGUCGAUUUCGUCUUCAGCAAACGAAGCUGCGCGUCGCAAUUCAGUGCAGAUACCACAUAACAAGGCACAAGCAUCGCAACAUAUCGAGGACAACAACGUCAGCGCUGAAAGAGGCCCGCGUGCUCAGAUUGCGUCAAAGCUUCAAGCACAACCCAAGCUUCCUUCGCAAACUCCAUUGAACCGCACUCCAGCUUCUAGGGCUCAGCCACCCAAAAGCGGAGACUUUUCCGGUGCAAUGGCUGUCGAAGCCGACAGUGACAGUCCGAUGUCCGACGCGGUGGUCUCGGGCGGCCCGGCAGAGUCGCGAACCACUGCAAAGAACAUUGCGGCUGUCCAGAAACCCUCGUCUGGUUCCUCAGGUACAUCUGCUCCCCCAAAAACUGGACGCGCGAAGAACACCAGUCAGCUUUCGGAAGAGGAAGAGCACCUCUUGAUAUUCUUAAAAGAGGUCAAGAAGUUCUCAUGGAAAGUCAUCACGGCCGAAUUUCAGAAACAUUACCCUGGACGCCCAUACCAUACUCUCCAAUCCAAAUACACGACAAAGACGAAUCGGAGAGACAGAUCUCAGGACCCUGCAGUUCUGAAAUUGCCGGCACAAUGGGCGGGAGAAGCAGCUAUAGACUGGGCAUCCGCGUACGCGGAUAAUCCUGGCCCACGGGAUCAUCUCCCAGCAGCAGACCUGCAUCCCGCUGCACCAAGACCAGCUCCUGCGCGUGAAAUCAUUGAGCAUGACUACUCGUCAGGGACGGAUUCUAGUACCCGUCAAGCACGCCCACGCCGCGCGCCCCCAAUCAACUACGAUGUUCGGAUGCGCAUGAGACAACAAAGAUUUGGGACGGUCCAAUUUGGUAUAGACGAGGAUCUUGCUCGUAAUUCAGCAGAAGUAGACAUACCGAUGCGAUCAGCAUCCCCUUCUGAAGAGCGGAUAGUCUUACCCGAAGCCCACGUGGUCAUCAACACACCUCUGGAUAUGGAUUUCGACACAAACGACGCCGCCAUCGCGCUAAUCGCAGAUAACAAGGGGCUUCGCAACGCCAAGUCUACGAAGCUACCUUACCUCGACAGUUCACAGCGUACUCUACUCCAAAAUUCACCUGAAGACUGGGAGUGGGAGCAGUCGGCAAGUCGUGGCUGGCAAGGGAUGCUCCUUCACGUGGACUUCAGCACAGUAGAAGUGGCUCAUGUUGAGCGAGCAGUUGCCAAAGUCUCCACCUUCCCCCAAAGGCGCACACAUAGUACACAACGACGUCAACUCCGUACGAUGCUGAAAGACGUGACAGACUCGAAGCUCCAACGGCUCAUACAUACUCUCAAGCAGCGUCUACCCGCUCGUGACUCUCUUGGGAUCGCGUCAUUCUUGAACGAUGCGCGUGGGGGUCGCGUGGCAGAAGCACCACAGAUCCUUCGACUCGGUGCAACCCGCCCACCCAAAUCCAAGAAGGCUGUGCAUACUGAAACUACGUCUUCGAUGCUACGUGAGCGGGAGCUGGGCAUUGGAUCGAGGAGAGGGUGGCAAGCAGCUUCGAAACCCGUGACUUACCAGGACAAGAACAAAAUCACGGAUACCUUGGGACCCCUAGCUACGUGGACCGGUGCGUCCAGCGAUAUACACACUGUCGCUUGGUCUCGAGACGGGGAGCGCUUCGCCGCAGGUGCUGUUGCAGUCACAGACGUCGAUUCAAUGCAGUACAAUCGGCCCAACAAUCUCCUCUUCGGAAACCUAUCGGAUGCAACUAUUCAUGAGCUUGCUGGGCAUACCAUAGAACGCGAGAGAACACAAUCAGGCGCCAACUCAAGCCAUGCUAUGUUUGUUUCGCAGGAUCCAAACCUCUACACCACAGUGACUGCAGUCGCAUUUGCGGAGAGCGGGAAGCUCAUGUACUCCGCUGGCUAUGACCGGUCUGUCUGCGUCUGGGGCCUGGACCCGGCGUAUUUGCAGCCAUAUCUAGCUACAAAGUUCACACAAAAAGCUGAGGUUGAAAUGUUGGUUGUCAAUCGUAAGCAUGCUGGCAUACUGGCCACUGCAGCGAAAAGGACCUCUGGCGCUGCAGUGAAACUGGUCACAUUGGACGAAGAUGAACCCUGGGAAUGCGGCAAGAUCAACUUCAAUUCCGCCAAGGCUGAAUCGCGUUCCGAUUUGCGCAUUCUUCCCCAGGCACUCCAAUUCGAGCCUAGAUACGGUAAUUAUCUACUUGCUGGCUUUGGGGCGAAUGUUCGAGAAGACGAUGCUUUCGAUACCAAUGGCGAUCUUUGUCUUUGGGAUAUAGAGUCACAAGUCCAAAUACCGAUCCAUGGCUCUGGCAGGAAUGUGUUCGAUAUCACGUUCAAUCCGAAUCGAAGGUACAUGCCUUUAUUCGCUGCCGGCUGCGUGGCAGGAAGCAACGUGAACAGAGGUACACGAUCAGUAAUUCGCCUCUACGAAGAGAGAUUGUCAGACAGGUAUUCUUGUCCGUUGGAGAUCGAGUGCAAGGCCCUGGAUAUGAAUGACGUCGUCUGGUCGCCACAGGACGAGCACCUGAUUGCGGCCGGCUGCACCGAUGGUCGCGUCUAUGUUUGGGACCUGCGAAACUCGGAUAGUCCCCUCAAAGUCCUGUCGCAUGGACGUUCGCUCAUGCCCCUGCAAGAUGGCUUACCUCAUGAGCGUACAGACACCGGUGUUCGGUUUUUGUCCUGGGGCGAGAACUCGACGCGACUGUACAGCGGGUCCUCAGAUGGUGUCGUGAAGGCGUGGGACGUCACUCGCUCCGAUGAUCACACGUUUGUGAAGGAUAUUGUCACCUUCAACUCUGGUAUCAUGGCCGGUGCUUUCAGUCCUGACUACAGCAAGCUGGUCCUAGGCGAAGUGAACGGAUCUGUCAACGUUUUGGAUGUCGGCAGAGAUGACUGCGAAGCGAAGGAUAUGGAAAGGCUACGUUAUAUUCCCUACGAAGGCGUCGAUUGUGACUACGACUCAAUCACCGGCGAAGUCAUCGACAGGCCUCCCAAAAUUGAGUCUGGGGUUGAUGAGGGCAACGAUCUUCUCACAAGUCAGCAACUACAACUUGCGCCGAUGGGCAAUCUGCCUGUCACGCAAGUUGUCCAAGGGCCGAACUAUGCCGGACCGUUUGAUGAAGGUAUUGACGCGCCAUACCUCCGUGAACAAGCCCUUGAGUUCCAGCUGAGCAUGGUGGCACGCCCUGGGCCACAAUGUGAUAUUCCAAUGUGCAGGGACAACAUGGUCAAGAUGACGUGCGAAGAAAUUGGCGAUUCUGGACGAAGCGUAGAUCGCAUACCAGAUGAGCUUCGACGACAGUGGGCAGCAAUCGACGCUACGACUCGCAUUAUGCCUGGCAAGUCUAAGUGCACACACUGCGGUCGGCCAGCCCGGCAUUCCCCAGCCAACGAUGACACUGAGGAAGCGGUCUUGUGCGAGCGCUGUUCCUUCGAGUGCUUCCGCUGCCACGCCGUCAAUCCUGUCGCACCCGCCACCACAACGCUCAUUUGCGACUCUUGUGCUGGUGUCUGGGAGAUUGGCGCAUUAGGUUACGAGUGCGUAGAACAGCCUGCGAGGACUGCAGUCAAGUUGAAUGUCCCUUCACUGAGGCGCUUUGGGAGACACGUGCUCGAAGAUAUGCUGGAUGAGCAGAAUACGACUCAUGCGGAUGACGAAAUGAAUGCGCUCACGGACUACUACUUUUCGUUAGCUAUUGAUCGGCCGGAGAGUCCACCGCUUUGA